CCGCCGGCAGAGCAGACCCUGAAGCAGCCGGCUCAUCCCGUCCAUCUCAGGUCCGGUUAGCCAAGGUGGAGGGUGGGGAAGGGAAUGGAGCUGUCCCAGCUCCUCAAUGAGAUCAGGGCAAACUAUGCAAGGCUCCUCACCCGAAAUCAGAUAGAGACCGUGCUCUCAACGAGAAUCCAGCUAGAAGAAGACGUGAACCAAAAGAUGGACAGAGAUGUAGAGGCUUUGAAGGCAGCCAGAGCGGAGCUCAAGCAAGCCCGGCGCGAAUGGCAUCAUCUGCAAGUGGAAAUUGAGUCUCUCCACGCCGUGGAAAGGGGCCUGGAAAAUUCUCUGCAUGCCAGUGAACAGAACCACCAGCUGCAACUCCAGGAUCUGGAAGCCGUGAUUGAAGGCUUAGAGAAAGAACUCCAGGAAGUCAGGCACGGCAUCGAGAAACAGCUUCAAGAACACGAAGUUCUACUGAACGCUAAGAUGAGGUUGGAACAAGAGAUUGCAACAUACCGGCGGCUUUUGGAAAAGGAAGAGAUCAGAUACUAUGGUUCUAUCCAGGCCGGAAAAGAAGACGUAAAACCUUCCACAAGUAGAGUAGGCUUUAUCUUACCCUCAGAUGUCACGCACAAGCCGGGGAACGAAAAGGUGGAAACGGUGACCACGCAGGCAGUUCUAAACGGAAGUAUUGUGAAGGAGAGUGCCGAAGCACGCGGUACUAUACAGACCGAAAAGGUGGAUGAAGUUAUCAAAGAAUGGGAAGGUUCCUUCUUUAAAGAUAACCCUCACUUGAGGAAAAAAUCCGUUUCUCUGCGAUUCGAUCUACAUUUAGCAGCCACAGACGAAGGGUGUUUGCAGACUAAACAGGAUAACCUACCAGAUAUUGAAGUUAGGCUCAUUAUGCGACGAUCUUGUAGCAUCCCUUCUAUCAAACCUGCCUCGUCAGCUAAUUAACCCAAAAGAUUUGGUUUGAUGGCUUUGGAAAUAAGGAUGGAAUCAGGUGGGUGACAUGAUCUCCUUCCACCCCAAACUAUUACUAGGAAAUGUCGUCAAAUCUUGUCGUUAUUUAAAGAUGAGUAAAGUGGAAUUGAUUCUCUUUGGAAGACGGGUUGUAAGGGAUUAAAAGUUUCCUCCAAUUUAAUGCCUA